ACAACAAAUUGUUGCAAAAGAGAGAGAAGGGAAGAAAAGGGAAGAGGGAGGAGGAGAGAGAGAAGGCUACCACCCCCUUUGGCCCUGGAGAGACCAAAGAUGGUCGAAGAGACAAAACUCUGAGAUCAUCAUCAUCUUCCUGCAAACAAACACACAAGAAAUCGAUUUUUUUUUUUAUUUUUUGUUUUUGAAUAUAGUUAACAUCGAUUUCUGAGGAUAUUUUGAUUUCCCUAAAUCACACAACAUUAUCUUGCUUGCCCUACCCGCUCGCUUGUUUCUUGUUUGCCAGAAACAUAAUAAUACGUUUGCUCGCAUUACAAGGAAGCCCUUUUUUUAUAGUAUCGCAACGAGCUUGUUAUAGAUCCCAGAGAUAUAAUAAACACAGUGAUGAAAAGGGUUUUGUGAAAUCAAAUUUUCAAACCUAAGGAGGAGAAAAAAUGAUGAAGGUCGACCCUGAUAUUCGUGAAUUUUCUUCUGCAUCAUCCUGUUGUACAUUGUAAUUACUAUAUAGAACAUAUCUUCUUCUUUUUUUUUUUUUGGGUUUGGGUUUUUUGGGAUUUUGAUUUGUGUAAUUUAGGAAAAAGUCUUUAGUAUAGUGUUUGUUGUAAAAACAAAAACAAACCGUAUAAUGGGUUGUGGAUACCACUUCCCUUGCUUCCUCUUCUUGAUCAUUAGCCUUCAAGCUCCUCUCUCUUUGUCCCUCGAUUCCCAAGGAUCCGCAUUGUUGAAAUUCCGGGAAAGAGUGAACUCGGAUCCUCAUGGAACUCUUGCAAAUUGGAAUGUUUCUGGUAAUGAUCUCUGCUUUUGGUCAGGGGUGACUUGCGUUGACGGUAAAGUGCAGAUUCUGGAUCUUAGCGGAUGUUCUUUGGAAGGAACGUUAGCUCCUGAGCUUAGCCAAUUGAGUAACUUAAAAUCUCUAAUACUCUCUAGGAAUCAUUUCUCCGGUGGAAUUCCAACGGAGUAUGGGAGUUUCGAAAACUUGCAAGUCUUAGAUUUGAGAGAUAACGAUUUGAGCGGACAGAUUCCACCUGAGCUAACCAAUGACUUAUCGCUAAAACACUUGUUGCUUUCUGGUAACAAAUUAUCGGGUGAUGUGAGAAUAAAGAUCCUGAGACUUCAAUCGGCGUAUGAAGUCCGGUUAAACAAGAGUCCAAAGUUAUCUCCUUUGGCUGUUCUCGGAUGUGCAAACAGAAGACUUGGACAUUGUGUUUCAAGAAACCGUUUCAUUCGAGUAAAAAAGAUAGAAGCUCUUGUAUUCCAUAUCAAAGCAACUUCCAGACGUUUCUUGAAAGCAUUCCCAAGUUUUUUGGAGGAAACUGAUAUCCUCAAACGACGUGAGUUACUCGAGGAGACAAGUAAUUUGGCAGCUGAGCCUGCUCCUUCCGCUCCUAGUCCUUCUCCCGGGAUUAUAACCGAAGCUUCCCCUCGAAGCAGCGGGUCUUUCCCUGCAGUAACUAAUGCAAAGAAGAGAAGACCGCCUUUACUCCCUCCUUCUCCUGAUGAGGACACUAGUCCUGAUUCCUCUAAGGAUCAGCCACAAGCUAAUAAACAGUCAAAACAUGUGUGGAUGUAUGUGGUUAUUGCGGUUGCUUCUUUCGUCGGUUUACUGAUUAUAGUAGCGGGUAUAUUCUUCUGCCGGAAAAGAGCUGUGAAGAGCAUAGGUCCUUGGAAAACUGGUCUUAGUGGACAGUUACAGAAAGCUUUUGUUACCGGGGUACCAAAGCUCAAUCGGUCUGAACUAGAAACAGCGUGUGAGGAUUUCAGCAAUAUUAUAGAGACAUUUGACGGUUACACUGUGUAUAAAGGAACUUUGUCAAGUGGUGUUGAGAUAGCGGUGGCUUCAACCGCGAUUGCUGAGUCUAAAGAAUGGACAAGAGCCAUGGAAAUGGCAUACCGUAGAAAGAUUGAUAAACUGUCCCGGAUCAACCAUAAGAACUUUGUGAAUCUGAUUGGAUAUUGUGAAGAAGAUGAUCCUUUUAAUAGGAUGAUGGUCUUUGAAUAUGCUCCAAAUGGAACCCUUUUCGAGCAUUUGCACGAUAAGGAGAUGGAGCAUCUUGAUUGGGGCGCACGGAUGAGAAUAAUAAUGGGAACAGCUUAUUGUUUGCAACAUAUGCACGAGAUGAACCCUCCCAUGGCACAUUCGGACUUCAACUCAUCAGAAAUCUACCUAACUGAUGACUAUGCAGCCAAGGUCUCGGAGAUUCCUUUCAACUUAGAGGCAAGAUUAAAUCCGAAGAAACAAGUGAGUGGUGACUUGGAGCAAACGUCAUUGCUACUACCUCCAGAGCCAGAGGCUAACGUCCAUAGCUUCGGAGUCUUAAUGCUCGAAAUAAUCUCCGGAAAGCUCUCUUUCUCAGACGAAUACGGAUCUAUCGAGCAAUGGGCAUCAAAGUACCUUGGAAACGACGACUCAGGAGAAAUGAUAGAUCCAUCGUUAAAGACAUUUAAAGAAGAAGAGCUUGAAGUGAUAUGCGAUGUGAUACGAGAAUGCCUGAAAACAGAGCCGGGACAUCGACCUUCAAUGAAAGAUGUAACGGAACAACUUAAACAAGUUAUUAACAUAACUCCUGAGAAAGCUACCCCUAGAUCCUCUCCUCUUUGGUGGGCAGAGCUCGAGAUCUUGUCCUCUGAAGCAACUUGACCAGUCAGAGGUUUCUCCUAUUCAUUUAAUGAUCUCUCUUCUCUCUCUCUCUGUUUACACUGUAACAUUUUUUUUCUUUCUUAUAUGAGCUUUUGGUUUCUUGAUCUUUCAACGUUCAGUUUGUUUUGAUUAGUGUGUCCUUCUCGAUGAAUUUGAUAUAUACGAGUUUCGAUAUGUGCAUUUGUAUAAUGCAAGUAUAUGUCACGGAUUGGACGUAUUAUUUUUCUGAUGAAAUAUGUGUGUAAUUAUGAUUUCUAUUUAUUAGGUUUCGCUUAUUUUUGUA